CCACGCGGUCUCAGGGACCUCCGCGGACAGCCUGAGGCCGCCCGUCCGCAGAGCGGCGCCGGGUUACGGCGGCCCGGCGUGGGCGGGGCGCUUCCAGGUCCCUCCCCGCGCAGGUGCUCGCCCCGCCCCCGGGGCCGCGCCCACAGCCCCGGCUGCCCUGGAGAAGCCUGGAUUGAGAACCCUGUCUGCAGUGUCCCGGCAGUGCCGAACUCGGGUAGCCGCCCGUCCCGCCCCCGCGCUGCCGCCUUAUAUGUUGCCUGCCGCGGCCUCUGGGGCAUGGAGCACGCUACCCAGCCCCGGCGAUGGCGACGGCGGUGGCGGAGGAGCUCCUGCUGGCCGAGGAGCGCAUGCUGGCCGCGCUCGCCUACCUGCAGUGCGCCGUGGGCUGCGCGGUCUUAGCGCGGAAUCGUGAGACGAACUUGGCGUACGGCCGCCACGCGUCGCCCAGCUUUAGGGUCCGAGUGCCGGCGCGGGCCGCCUGGGUGGUGCAGGAGCUGCCCUCGCUGGCUCUGCCGCUCUACCAGUAUGCCAGCGAGUCCGCCCCGCGCCUCCGCAGCGCGCCCAACUGCAUCCUCCUGGCCAUGUUCCUCGUCCACUACGGGCAUCGGUGCUUAAUUUACCCAUUUCUGAUGCGAGGAGGAAAGCCUAUGCCACUGUUGGCGUGUACAAUGGCGAUUAUGUUCUGUACCUUUAACGGCUAUUUGCAAAGCAGAUACUUGAGCCAUUGGGCAGUGUAUGCGGAUGACUGGGUAACAGAUCCCCGUUUUCUAAUAGGUUUUGGCUUGUGGUUAGCGGGUAUGUUGAUAAACAUCCAUUCAGAUCAUAUCCUAAGGAAUCUCAGAAAACCAGGAGACACUGGAUACAAAAUACCAAGGGGAGGCUUAUUUGAAUACGUAACUGCAGCCAACUAUUUUGGAGAAAUCAUGGAGUGGUGUGGCUAUGCCCUGGCCAGCUGGUCUGUCCAAGGCGCAGCUUUUGCUUUCUUCACAUUUUGUUUUUUAUCUGGUAGAGCAAAAGAGCAUCAUCGCCAACAUCCCUUCAUUAUGUGAGAACAUCCUGACCUCACACGUGUUCUUUCUGAUGUCACGGAGCCCAGCCUUGCUGCCCAGCCUGGCUGGAAGGACCGUUUUCUCGGCGUCCUGCGGCAGUCCUGUGUGUCCUGUCUCCCGCCUGCCCUCUCGUGUUUGCCCAUUUCAGGCUCUCCUGCUGUCUUGUACUCUGCCCUUGACUUUUCGGGCCAGGGUGCCCAUCUUCCAUGGGCAGUUUCUGGGAGAGAGGAGCUCACCCGCUAUGUCCCUGUGCGGCAUCCAGUGCCGCUGGCCCGUGGGGAAGCUCUCCGGCACUUGCAAGGGGUGGAUGGCCUGGAUCCCAGCAGGCCUGUGAAAACCUUCAGCCUCUAACCAGCGAACAUGUUUGCAGUCCACUUCCACAGGCUUCACACCAGCUGUGAAAACCUUCAGCCUCUAACCAGCGAACAUGUUUGCAGUCCACUUUCACAGGCUUCACACCAGCUGUGAAAACCUUCAGCCUCUAACCAGCGAACAUGUUUGCAGUCCACUUUCACAGGUUUCACACUAGCUGUUGGGCUUGGCCACGUUGUGUGUUGGGCACUCGGGUCCAUGUGCCACCACUGAGCCACAUAGCUGGAAAGGCUGCAGUCUAAAGGCCUCAUGCCAGGGGAAGUGAUACUUGACCUGGAAGUCCUGACCGACUUCUUAGAAUUGUUCUUAUUACAUGCCUUUUUGGGGACACAGAACAUAAAAAAGUAAACGUGGCCGCCCAGUAUGUUCGAAUUCUCUAUUUGUGGAUUCCGGUGUUAAACUUAGCUAAGACCAGCAGGGGUUUGCCAAAUGCCUCUCAGUUUCUCAUCUUCAUAUGUUUCUACCACAUUAACAGCGAGCUAAUUGCUUUCUCUUAUGAUUUUUAGCCUGUUAAUCUUUGUGUGUUUAUGGAAACUCCCUUUUUAUGACUAUUUCUCCAUGUUGUCAAAUUAUUUCUAAUUUUUACUCCAUCCACUUAGUUGCCACCUUUCCCAACUGGCUAUUACCCCCAAAACAAAUGAGCAUGCCUUCGUUGAUACAAUUUAUAUCAAAACUGAAAAUACUGUUUGUUUUGAGCACAAGGCUGAAUUGUGGACAACGCCGUACUACAUUUUCCCAGAUUUCACUGAAUCCUUACUAAGAGCUGUUCCUGAGCCUCCUGGUACACAGCUGGGUGCCCACUCUAUACACCCUGGGCUAGGCCAGUAGUUCUCGACUGCAGGCUGGAGAAAACUCUUAAGAGUCUACCAGCAGAUAUUCAGAAGCACCUACUUGGUCCUGCCCCUCCUCCAGCCUGCAUGCUUUCCCCAGGGGCUGAAAAGACAGCUCCACAACGUGCUGUUCAGUAUUUUCAUCAAAUGUCAGUAAUUUUCCUUCCAGAUAGAAAGCUGAAUUCUAUGGGCUACUUCUUCUGAAUCACACUUUAUGAUUAGAUAUAUUUAAUUCUUCGUGAUAUAGGCAAAAUUAAACUAUAAGUAUGAAAUGCCAAAGUUUUUGUUACUACAUUUAAAAACUGAAUAGUCUUUUGUCAUGAAAAAUAUUGUCACUUUUGUUAGCAUCUGUUAAAUGUCUAAGUGACAGAAUUAUUCCCUUUUAAAAUUU